AUGGUAAAAGAAUAAAAACCAAGUAAAUAAUUUGUAUUUAUAAAAAUAGAAAUAUACAGAACUGAAAAUAAAUUUGAUACUUAUAUGACUAAGGAUGCAUUUUGUAAAUUUAUUUCAGAUGAAUUAAUUGGUAAAGAUGGAUUGAAAGAGAAUUUUAAAUUUCAGAAUUUUAAAGUAUUUUUUGGUUUGUUUAUGAUUGCUAAUGUAAUUUAUUCACAUUAUCAUUUCAUUCCUUAUCCUUAAGAUUACUAUAUAUUGAUUGCUUGCAUUAUAUUGUAAAUUUGAUUAUACACGUGUAUUAGUUAUUAUGUAUCUACAUACAUUUAUUAAUGGUUUGAGAAAGUAAAAGAAGGUGAUAUUUUUAUACUUUAUGAUGUAAUAAUAUAAAAUUAAUAGUUAGGAUAAGAAAGCAAACAAGACUUUUGGAUUUGGAGCAUCUUAAGAAUUAUAUUAGAGAUUUGUUAUAUUAAGAAUUUAUAGUAUGCCAAAUAAAGCAUUAGUAAAUAGAAAAUAGAUUAUUUAAUUUAGUUAGUUGAGCGUAAAAUUGAUAGUGCUGAUUAUCUUGAUGUGAAAGGUUACAUUGUUCAACCAAAGAUGAGAAGUCUUAUAAAUGAGUUGUUAUAAGAAGCUAAUAAGAAAUGAUC